CCCCCCCGGCUCGAAGGCAGAGGAGCAAAAACUAAUUAAGGCUACAAAGGAAACUCGGCGCUCGGCAAGGUUGAAAACCUCCAUUCCAGAGCAGGGGCUGAGCCGCUUAAUUAGCGCUUUUGUCUGCGGCCGAAUUCAACAUGUAGGGAACGAUUUACAUCAAGGGGACGCUCCCUUUGCUGUCGGAGCUCCUCGCAGCCUGCCCGGGGAGAGCUGAGCUGUAAGAAGGAGAACGAAGGAGGGGGGAAAAAGGGACGGGAAUGAAAGGGAAGCGUUCGGCACGUCUCACGGACCGCGUUGAGGAGGAAGGGAAGAUGCUGCAUGCUCGAAGCACCGCAUUGCAGAGGAGAAGGUGUUUUCAUUCAGUGCAUCAUCCGUGGAUUCUCAUCCCCCCUCCAGCGAAAUGUGGCCCCUGAGAUGUGCAGGGGGCUCGAGGGGGGGGUGAAUGGGACGGGUUUACGUGAAGGCGGCGCCGCUCGUGUGGUCACAGAGGGGAUGGAUACACGCGGCCAAUGCCACCCCCGAUGGGACAGUGUGUGGGGUGGGAGCAGGACGAAGCCGCCCCGCAUCGGGCCGUUAUCUGCCCUUAACCCUCGCCCGUACGCAGCCUCAUCCCGCAGCAUCCCACCCCCCCUCUCCUCUGUCAACGAAAUGGGGGAAGAAUGAGCGAUUUCAGCCCCAGCGCUCUCGCGGCCCCGCGCGGCUCCGCCCGGGAGGUGGCAGCACGGGAUCGCGUUCAGUGUCACCCGGCCGGACACCCCCUUGCACCCUUUGGUGCUGUGGAUGAAUCCCAAAUUCGUGGUGAGGGCACGAGUUUCAUUUCCGAGCGGGUCAGGGGCGGCAGAAGGCUCGGGAGGUGAUGGGGUGGGUGUUGGAGUUUGUGUGCAUAGGGGAGCAAAACAGUUCUGUGCAAUGCCUCUGAGCCCAAAUGUAACUCAUUCACGCUGUGGGGCACAGCACUGAGAUCCCUUUUCCAGGUGGAUUUGAUGGGAUGGGGUUGGGAUGACCACUCCCAACCCAUGAGCACCAUCACCCCCGGGUUCCCAGCAUCUCUACAGUUUGAUGGGCUCAGCAUGGCACAACACGUCAUCCUUCCCCCCACCAACCGUCCCCCCUGAGCAGGCCCCAGUCCUGGCACAUCCUGACAGAGCAGCUGUCACUUCCUCACUGAUGCCCAUCCCACUGCCCCCCAUCACCACUUCCUCACCCAAAAGCUCACCCACGUCCUUCCCUAAACACACUGAGCAAUUCGCCUCCUCCUUCCCCAGUCCUGGCUGCAGCACCACCGCGCUCAGCCCCACAGAUUGGGGGUCUGCAGGAAAGGACCCCCAGGCAUGGUCAGAGUUGGGGCCGUACUGUUCAGCUGCGUGCUGCUGGCAAUGGCUGCGGGUCUGCAGUGCUGCCAUGCCCUCGAGGUGCUGAGAGGGAUGCGGGGAAAGCCGCUGUCCUUCCCGGCGUUGCGCCCCUUGGCUGAGGACAUCGUGAGGAUCAUCUGGAUUUCUGAAACCCACAGCACGCACAUCGCCGAAGCCAAGCCUGGGGUGAAGCAAUUUGCAGUGGAUUUCCUGCCUGACUUCCAAGGCCGGCUACGAAUCCAUCCCCAGUUGCUGUCGCUGGAGAUCAUGGAGCUGCGCAGCACAGAUGCAGGCCAGUACUCUGCAGGGGUAGACAUCGCCUCCAAACCCAGCAGCCCCAGGAAGUUUACCUACCGUGUGUUGGUUCUCGAUGACCCCCCUGUGACAACUGACGGUGACACAGGAGGACACAGCAGGAGCACAGCUGGACCAGGAAUGAGCUCUGAGCCGCAUGCUGGGGAGGGGACCACACCAGGCCCGGGCAAGGGGCAGCUCCUGGAUGCUGGGGGGUCUCCAGGGCCAUGUGGGGCACAGGGUGGGUACUGCACACUCAGGGGGUAUCUGGUGGCUGCUGUGUUUGGCCCACUGGUGGUGUUACUGGUGGCUGUGCACGUGGUGACCAGGCGUUGAGACUGGGGGAUGAGUAGGACCCACACUGGGCUCCAGAGGGACAAAAGCGAGGUCUAAACCCACCCAGCACAACUCCACUGUUCUCCCAGGAUCACCAGAUUUACCCAGACAGGAAAAGCCACAUUCACCCCAGUGAUGCCCUAUAAAGGCAUAAGAUGCAUUUUGUCAUCUCUUGCACAAGCCCCAAACCCGGUGACACUGCUUCCUCCCAGCGGCCACACAAACCCCACUGCGUCCCAGCACUCCCAGUCUGGGAUCUCCUCCUUUAUGGGGUCAGCAUCGGAUUCGUACCCGCAGCCCCGAAUUCGGUGCGAGGUAACAAUUCAGCAUCUCAUCCAACCUUCCACAGUUUAUAAGAAGUGAAUUAUUUACCGGUGACCCCAACUAAAACGCCACGCGGCAUGAAUUAUGGACGGGCAGAUCUGUCAAAAAGUUCUCAUAUAUAAGUGAUCCGGUGCCAUCUUCGUGUUCCCAGAAAAUUACUCAUUCAAUCUCCUGUCUAAACGCUCUCCUGGGAAACCUCCUCACGCCUGCUCUGCUGCUUUAUGAAUUGGGAGUGGGAAGGUAAAGAUCAAUGGGGAGGGAGAGCCCCCUGGGACCCCCCCCUACAUCCAUGUCAUGUUUAGAGCCUGUGGUGUAGGGUGGGGGAAACCGCAGGGGUCACUUCUUGGGGAGCUGGGGAUCACAGAGCAGCACGGAUCCUGCCCUUCCUUAUGCAUCUCUUCCACUUAUUGGGGUCAUAUCCCCUCCAGCACUACCAAAGGGCCCCUCCAGAUCAUCAUCACCACUCCACAGCAACUCCCUGGCGCAGAGGGAAA